UUCACAACAGUAACAUUGAUUCUUUCUCAACAUAUUUUGGGGAUACGUAUCCUUAAAAAAAAAAUCAGUAUCUUUGCGACAUUAUACCGGAAGUUAAUUGUACGCUUUUCGGUAGCUGUUUUGCUAAACACGUGUUGAAAGUGUAUAACGUUUAAUACAUUUCUGAACACUUUUGACAUAAUUAACUAUGGGAAGGAAAAGGGACCUGACCAAUGUGGUUAAGUCAGGGCCUGGGAAAAAAACAAAGAAGCAGAAACCACCACAGGUUCCAAAUUCUGUAAAGAAUGAAGAUGCUGACGAUUCAGAAAAGAAGUUGUCAAGCAGGCAGAAACAGCGUGUAAAGAAGAGAUUACAGAAACAGCAGGAAAAGAUAGAAAUAAAGGAAAAGAAAAAAGAAGAAAAAUUGCAACAGAAAAUAAAAAAGGAAAGCCAGAAGCCUGGAAAGUUUGCAAGGGCUCCAGUUGUCAAGAAGAAAAGGAAGAUGGAAGAAAGCGAAAGUGAAAGUGAAGAAGAAAGUGACGAUAACGAGGAAGAUGAUGAAGAAGAUAGUGACGAGGAGGAGACAAAGCCUGUCAAAGGAUACUCGGAUGAUAAUAAAACCUGGUUGAAGCCGUCAUCUAAGCGAGCAUUAAUGGAUUCAGAUGAGUCAGAAGAAGCAGAUGAAGAUGAAGAUGAAAGUGAUGGAGUAGCUGGAGAUGACUUUGAUGAUGUAGGAUUAUCAGAUGAUGAUGAGAGCGAAGAUGAUAGUGAGGAAAGUGGGGAUGAAGAUUUAUUACCUGUAGAAAAGAAAGCAAAAAAGCUGGAAAAGAAAAGAGAAAAAAAUAAAAAACUUGCAGAAGCUGAACUCCAGACCAACAUCACAGACAUGGAAACGUUCACAUUACCAAGCGGUCAAGAGGUGGAAAAAGAAGCUGCCCAGGCACCAGAUAUUACCAUGGUGCAACAGAGGAUCAAGGAAGUGAUUCAUGUCCUUGCAGAAUUCAAAGAUCGCCGUGAGCCUGGAAGGUCCCGCCAGGAAUAUGUACGACAGCUGAGGUCUGACUUCUGUACCUACUAUAGUUAUAACGAUUAUCUUAUGGACAAGAUUAUGACACUGUUUCCUCUAGAGAUUCAAGAGUUUCUGGAGGCCAAUGAAGUGCCAAGGCCUGUGACUAUCAGGACAAACACUCUAAAGACUCGCAGGCGAGAUCUUGCACAGGCUUUAAUCAAUAGGGGAGUUAACCUUGAUCCCAUUGGGAAAUGGUCCAAAGUUGGAUUGAUUGUAUUUGACGCACAAGUGCCUCUAGGAGCAACCCCAGAAUACCUUGCCGGACAUUACAUCCUCCAGGGAGGAUCCAGUUUCCUGCCUGUCAUGGCCCUAGCUCCUCAGGAGAAUGAGAGGAUACUGGAUAUGGCCUCGGCCCCAGGUGGAAAGACAACCUACAUUGCUGCCUUGAUGAAGAAUACCGGAACAUUAUUUGCCAAUGAUGCUAAUGCAGACCGGGCGAAGGCCAUCGUAGGCAAUAUCCACAGAAUGGGCAUCACCAACACCAUUGUGUGUCAUCAUGAUGGACGUGUGUUCCCGAAGAUUAUGAAGGGGUUUGACCGAGUUCUACUGGACGCACCUUGUAGUGGAACAGGUGUUAUCUCCAAGGAUGUAGAAGUCAAGAUGAACAAGGAUGAGAAGGAUAUCCUACGCUGUGCUCAUCUACAGAAAGAACUGCUGUUAUCGGCCAUUGACUGUUGUGAUGCUAAUUCAAAGACCGGAGGAUACCUGGUCUACUCCACCUGUUCUGUACUGACAGAAGAGAAUGAGGCGGUUAUCGACUACGCAUUGAAAAAACGGAAUGUGAAGCUUGUCCCAACAGGCCUGGACUUUGGCCGAGAAGGAUUUGUAAAUUUGCAGCAGCAUCGCUUCCAUCCCAAUAUGAAGCUAACAAGAAGAUUCUACCCCCACACACACAACAUGGAUGGAUUCUUUGUGGCAAAACUCAAGAAAUUUUCAAAUAAAAUCCCAGGUACAGGUGCUGCUACAGCUGAUGGUGAAGCUGAAGGUGAAAGUUCAAAAGUCAUUGAUGAUAGUUCAAAGAAUACGAAACAAAGUGAAAAUGUGAAAAACAAUUCAGAUAGUGACAGUGAUGAUGAGGAAGAGAAAAGGAAAACGAGUAAAAAGGACAAGUCCAAAAAUAAAUGGUUAGCAAAAAAGUCAAACAAAAAGCAGUUUAAACCAGGAAAAUUCAAGAAAUUCAAAUCAGUUGGAAAGUAAACAGGUGAAAUUUACAACAUCACUGGAGUUCGGAAUGUCAAGCGUAAUGUGUCAUGCUGGCAAAUGGAACUAAUGGGGACAAUUCUGCUGUAAAAUGUUACAUGGAGAGAGAUUUCAAUUCAAAUCUUUUUACCUGUGUCGUUGAAAUGUUAAUCAUAACUUACAGAGCUGGACCAGACAUCAAUGAAAUGGAUAAUCAUUUAUUAUAGUUGAUACAUAUACAUUUAAGAACAUUUUUAUUGAUUAUCAAAUAUGUGCAUUUCAAAUCCAAUGUUGAAAUAUUUAAGAAAUAAAAAAAAAAUAAAAAGGUU